AUGGCUCCUCAUUUGGGACACGAUGAGUUCUUCAAAUCUCUCGCCAAACUGCUCUCCCAAACAUCCGAACAAGUCCAUGGCUCGGUAAACCUCACUCAGAAACCUCUCAUCGAUGUGCCCGGUGCCACUACCACAAACUCCCAACCAUCUAUCCUCAUCCGAGCCACUGAUGGAAACACCAAUACGCCAAACACCAGGGAAAUGAGCAAGGAAAGCAGGGCCACCUAUAAAAAGGGUCAAAAGAUCAAGCUCUCGACUAUCGUCAGUCCAGAUGAUAUUGAGGCGUUCUAUGUUCGCUAUGCCGAGGUCUGCAAGACAGGCAUGACGGGGUUGAAGAAGAGAGAUCGCCGAGGCCGCAAGGCCAAGACUAAGGGCGGAGCUGCUAAGGUCACAAAAGCAUAG